AUGGUGAUGAGGAGGCAAGGAAUCAAAAGGCUGGUCACGUUGCAGGGAUGGGCAUCCCAGUACCAGUACGCUAAGUCUACCAUUGCUACCAUCCUUAAGAACAAGGAAGCUAUUAAGGGUGCGUGUGUGGCUAAAGGUGUUUCUGUGUUGUCUAAGCAACGGUCUCAGGCAAUAGAAGACGUUGAAAAACUUCUGUUGAUUUGGAUUAAUGAAAAGCAGCUAGCAGGGGACAGUGUGAGUGAGGGUAUUAUCGGCGAGAAAGCACGGCAACUUCACUCGGAUAUCAUCAAGAGGCAACCUGGAAAUUCGUCAUCCAUUGAUGAUUUCAAGGCUAGCCACGGAUGGUUCGAGAAGUUUAAGCGUCGUACAGGGAUUCAUAGUGUCAUUCGUCAUGGUGAGGCAGCCAGUUCUGACGAUAAAGCUGCCGAAGCUUACAAGGAAUUAUUCCUCAAGAUGGUGGAAGAAGAAGGCUACGUUCCUCAUCAAGUGUUUAAUGCUGAUGAAACCGGCCUUUUUUGGAAAAAGAUGCCUAACCGGACUUUCAUUACACAGGAAGAGAAGUCCGUCCCUGGGCAUAAGCCUAUGAAAGAUAGGCUAACCCUCCUGAUGUGCGCCAAUGCCAGUGGCGACUGUGAGAUAAAACCAAUGUUGGUUUAUCACUCAGAAAACCCAAGGGCCUUCAAGAAAAACCAGGUGGUUAAAUCCAAGCUUCCUGUAAUGUGGAAGUCCAACACCAAAGCUUGGGUUACUCCGCAUCCACCAAGUUUGGAGGAGGAACUUCAAGGUGAUCUUGAAUUCAUCAAGGUCAAAUUCCUCCCUCCCAACACAACCCCCCUCCUGCAGCCCAUGGACCAGCAAGUGAUCGCAAGCUUUAAGAAGCUUUACACUAAGGCUUUAUUUACUCGGUGCUUUCCCGUGACCAAUGACACCGACCUAUCCCUUAGGGAUUAUUGGAAGGACCAUUUCAAUGUGUAUCAUUGUAUUCAACUGAUAGAAAAGGCUUGGCAUGAUGUUACCUUUCGAACCUUGAAAGCAGCAUGGAAGAAGUUGUGGCCCGCAUGCAUCCUUGAGAGGGACGUAGAAGGAUUUGAUCCUCAAGACUAUGUUGUUGUGAACGACAUUGUUUCCAUGGGACAGAACAUGGGACUCCAAGUGGAUGCAGAUGACGUCGAGGAGCUUGUUGCUGACCAUAAUGAGGUCCUCAACACAGAGGAUUUGAUUCGCCUUCAAGAGGAGAAGCAGAAGGAAGCCAUUCAGGAGUUGUCAUCUGAGGACGAGGAGGAGGAGAUGGCUGCAGCAUCAAGUGAGAGCAUCAAGACCAUGUUAGCAAAAUGGAGUGAUGUGCAGGCUUUUAUCGAACAGUACCAUUCAGAAAAGACUGUGGCUAUGAGAAUCAUCAACAUGAUGAAUGAUAAUGUGAUGCUUCAGUUUCGUAAGACCUUACAACUCAGAAAGCAACAGGUGUCAAUUAAGAGGUUUUUAGUCAGCAAAAAGGAUAAAGAGUCUCCUUCUAAGAAGCAAAGAAGACAAGCCACACCGGAGGUUCAGUUUCCUACAAACCCUUUGGAAGGUGACUCUCCUUCCAAACAGUAA